AUGUCGACGGAGGUUUCAGUAGUUACGGAGUUACCGAGAGUGGUGAAGGAGCCAUGUGAUUCUUCAUGCAAUGCAUUCCUCCAUGGUAACAUUGUUGAGAUGGAGACGAGGCAGCAGGUUUUGUAUGGUGCAGAUGAGCAGAGGGAAACCAAUCGGAUUGCCAUAAAAGGAAAACAACAGAUGGAUGAUCAAAACAGUAGUCUGGGAGAUGACGCGGAAAACCAGAAGCGCAUCCAAUUUCAACAACGGGUUGUUGUUUCGUUUCAAGAGUUGUACCAUCUCUGGGUAAUUGCAGGGUCUUUUUUUUCUGCUGUGCCAGUGAGCCCCAGUCCUCCUGUGGCGGUGGGCCCAAGGCGGGUGCGAUCAAUAGAGAUGCAUAUUCCACCCUUUGUAGCCUUUUCUCAAGAUCUUGCGAUCGCUCUUGUCUUAUGGGAGGGUAUUGAUGCUGAGUUUCAUGACGGAACGUACAUGAUAACUACAACGCUCUUGUCACUUUUGUGCGAUGGAUCUUUGCAGGCGGAUGAAAAACGAUAUUCGGCAAAGCUCUGGGAAUCUCUCGAGAGUCUUAAAAUGGAUGCAGCUAUUCUGGAAGUGACGGGCGAACGAAAAACAACCGGUGGCCGCAUGAUGUUGGCAAACAACUCGGAGUUGAGUGGCGCUCUUUUGUCACUGGGCAAUAUUUUUCUGCAUCUUGAUGAAGAAAUUUUGCCAUUGCUUUCACAGCAGUUGACUGCAGUCCACAUACUUCUCUCUUCUGCUAUUCCACCGAUACCUCCGCCUUCACGAACAGAGGCGGCAGUUCUUUCUGAGGAGAGCCGUGCAGCUUUCACGGUAAGCCUUGAGGAGGCAUGUUUUGGUUUUGCGUGGUGCAGUCGAAUAAACGGCCUAUACGGUGAACUUCAUUGUAAUCUACUCGCGUUAACAUUGACGAGUGUUGGAGUGGUGACUCUUGGGGACGGAAGUGUGAAGUUAAAGUGGUUCAACGCACCUCCACCAGAAGGUGUGAUGGGCCCAUCUAUUCUCCUGUUUCGUGAGGCAGAGGAAAUUGUGCCGUUGCUUGAGAGUAUUUCGUUCACAACGCAAACAUCAGGUCACGACUAUCCUCACAUAAAAGUUUCGCCGAUUCACAUCAAGUUUAGUUCUCUCACUUACCUACACCUCGUCGAGUUGCUGAGUUAUCACCUUAAGGUGGAGGCAAACGAUACCGACGUGGUGGAGCCAGCAAUAUGUGUAUUCGCAUCCACAGCGGAUAAAGAAAUCGAGGCGGUAGCCGGCAUAUCUUCCUCAUCGGUGACUUCUCGUUGCAACGUAAACGGUGAUACCUCGGCUCCUGUUAGCGUCAGGGAUGCUGUGGCAGCGAGUACGGAGGCCCCCAAUAGCCGUUGCUUCUCUGUGGAGUUGGUGGAGUUUCGAUUUGCUGUUGAAGUGCAACGCUCGGGUGAUACUGACGAUGAAAUGAAGCCUAUUGUCUGGGUGCAAUUUACAAAUGCUGCAUGGCAACUUCUCCAAGGUGCAGCAUCUUUCAUGGUGGAAGAGGUUAACUGUGGAUGCGACUCUGAAUCACAAGUGUUGUCAAUUCACGGGGUGGAGUUUAGUUGGCUUCGUACGAAUGAUGGUGUAACUAAUCUGGCACCCGAGAUAGUGUGCACUGUGGAGUCGCUGGCGGUCACGCCUACCAUCCCUUCUCUCCGGAGAUGCUUCGAUCAAUUAAUAAGGGCUCCGGCAAAGGAGGUUGACCCGCUUUAUUGGACAACAAAGCAUUUGAGCGGUAGCAUUUCUGGCGGGGUUGGCGUCAGCCGCUACAAUACUGUCAAUCGCAAGAUGGAAGUUGUAACUGUGGACACAAAACUAUGGGAGUUGAAAGCUGACCUAGUUCUCAGCCGUGAUGGUGGUUCCGUGUUGGUAUUCUCCAGCUUGAACACUAACAACAUUCUGGUGGAAAUGAAUGGCCAUUCAAUUUUUGUGGAACCAGCCCGGAAGAAAGGGGCAGACACUGUCAUGGUUGUUGACGGAGGACUUUCCUUGACGUUUUCGGGCGGCAGUUUUGUUCUUCCUUGGUUCCUUUCGGGAAAGAAGCAUAUGCGGCGUGUGGAGCGUCUGGGGGAGGAGGUUAUGCUUCUGCCCUUCAUGGCUGUGGGUGAAGGAAGCUAUGUGCGUUGCCGUAAUGUUCGUUACACCAUGUCAGAGAGGCGUGAGUUGCAGAAGCAAAGAAGCGCGGCGAGUAGUAGUGCGCACCGUCAACUUUGGCAAUUGCAAGCGGCAAUCCACUCUCUGGCAAUUUCUGUGCCAUCGCAACUGGAUCAAGGCACCGUGCAGGCAACUCUCGCCAUCGAUGCGAGGGCCUAUCUGCAUGGUGGAAUGAUGGAGCAAGGUGAUGUCACGCUUGAAAACCUCACCGUCGUUACCCGCACAAGCGGUGUAGCUUCAGCAACGGCAGCCAAAUCCGCGACGACGGAAAACACAGUCCUCCGUCCAGUUUCUAUCCACAUCUGCAUCUCGGAAGGUCGUGACGUGGCGUUUGCGGUGGGGCGCAUUGUUGUGGAUGCCACUAUAGGCGAUGUGAUGCUGCUGGGUGCGAUUUCACACGAGGUUACGCGCCUCACGCACCACAUAAUGUCGUUCCGUCGCUCGCCGGCGGAGCGUGAGUAUGAUCUGCGAAUUCAAGAGAUCAUGGGGUGGAAAAGUGUUCCUCUGCAUGCGGACUGGGAGGAUGACGGUGAUGUGCGUCACGCAGAGGAUACACAGGGUGGUGAGCCGCAGCGCGGAAAAUCCACACUUUCAUUGGCAACAUUUUCACCUUUUGUGGAAGUGACACUCAGUAACGUCAAGUACCCACUUCUGCAGGUGACGCUGUCAGAUGUUGUGUGGAAAGAAACUAUGUUUCACACGAGCCGGACGACCUUGCUGCAGAAUCAGAACUUCUACGUGCGGGUGUACGGUAAGGGCCGCUGGGACACUGUGGUGCCGGCCAAAGCGGUUGUGGCCUUUGAAGCUGUUCACUCCUGGUCAAAGCGGACCAGAACAAGACAGCUGCGUUUGCAGUGCGACACACUUGUUGUUUAUGCGUCGCAACUGCUCUUGUCAAAGAUAAUACACAUCAAUCGUCAGUGGGCGGAGCUGCAGACCGCCCUCUUGCAAAACCUCAACUCUGGGAGGGAGAUGAUGUCACGAAAGUCAUCAGUCUGCACAUCACCCUCCAGUGCAACCGCGACGCAUCGAUUUAUAAACACCUUUAGUGACGUCUUUUACCUAUUUAUUGGGAAGAAUCUUGACCGCGGUGAAAUUGUGCCACUUCCUUCCUCUACUGCUGUGGACCUUGUGCUGCCGUUUAACCGAGCAGACGAAGUUCGGCUUUACCUGUACCCUCGGUAUUGUAUUAAAUUAGACGAAGAUGGACGACAUGCACGAAACGAUGUGGGGUUGCAGAGAGAUAUGCAUUAUUCUCAUGUUGUGGCAGGUCAGCUGCAGUAUGGCCACGCCGUUGGUCUUGUUGUGGAUGACUUGCUCGUAGUAAUGUCAUGUGUGGAAACAGAGGGGGCACAUGGGGCGGUUUCCACGUCUCUCCCAAUGGUUGGCGCAGAAUCCCACGGUGAUGAUGCAGCAGCACCGGUGUCCCCCGAUGCACACGUGCCGAUUGGUGCGGUGCGACGGGCGGAUGAGGCGGGUUUGGUGAUUGUUCGCAUCCAUUCGAGAGUCACGUUGUACAACGGUAGCGGUAUGAUGCUGGAGAUGCGGCAAUACCUUCUAGGCACGCCAGAUGAGACACCACUGAGUGACGACUUCUGGAUUGUACCACCAAACGCGGAAUACCCCCUCAGUGGGACAUGCAGUCGCGUGGAGCUUCGCGUCUUACUGAAUGGUGGGGUCUACACCACGUCACUCAGUACACUUUCACUCGAGAGUGGUGUAUUCUUGGAUCUGCAUCCCUGCGGCGAUGUGGCAUCACGCGUAGAAAGACUCAAUUCCUCUUUUCCCGUCUCGCUCUUCAUGGCUUUACGUCGCUAUGUGGAGAGCGGAUCGAUCGUCGUUAUGCUCUUUCCCCGCAUAACGGUGCUGAAUCACAUUGGGGUUCCCGUGAAGCUGUCGCUGUGGCAGGAGGAACAGCUUAACGACGGCUACGGCGGUAAAGGCAAUGUCGAUGGCGGUGCUGGUGACAGUACCAGAUUCGGCCCAAACAGAAGAGUUGGUGAAACAUCGUCACUCUGGCGCCGAUGGGGUAAAUUCAAUUCAUCCCAUCGGUACAUGAAGAUCGGCGAGCACGAGUCACUCGCACACCGAGGCACUCUCGCUAUUUGCCAGUGCUCUUACCGCAGCAGCCUCACGAUGAGCCUCAGCUUUACUCAGACAGGCGGGGAGACGGUAGGUACAGAUGAACCGGUGCGGGUGUGUGACUCGCUCAAGAAGAAUGUAGAGAAGGAACCGUGCCUUCUGCACUUGCACGACUCCAAUGGCCGACGCUUUUACGUGCAGGUGUCGGUGCUGCACCGGACUAUCAUACUCUCGGUCGGGCUUUGGGUGGUGAAUUUAACGGAGUACCCAAUUCUCCUCACAGACAGCUUUGCUUCGCGUCGUCUCUCCGCGGGGCAGAUGCAGCACACUGGAAUCCCGCCGUCGCAAGGCGUUCCAUUCCUCAUUGGAUGCCGUCCAACUGAUUUCAGGGUGGUUUUCUUAACCCUGGGCCUUGACGGCGACUGGUCCGAUGGUAUCCCAACCCACCUGGGGUCUCACGGUGUGGUGGAAUCGCCGCGCCCCAUGGCCGGCUUUACGCACAGCUGCAACUACGUUGUGCAGUUUCCUCACGUCCAGGAUGGGCGACCUAUGGUGUUGCUUCUCACCCCACGCUGGGUUUUUGUUAACAAUACGAACCGACGCUUGAAGAUUUACUUUGGGCUUUCAGGCAUGAAGAAAAAGGUGUCAGAGGCGGCGAAGACGUCGUCUGACAAACAUGCAGAAACAUCAGUAGAAGCAACAACCGUGUCGUCGGUGACGCUUCGACCAGGGGAGCAUAGCUUCAGCUGUAUUGGGACAGUGGUUGGGAACUUGGUAUCCUUUCAAGACACACUGGAGGACACUGUUCCUUCCAUUACCUCUCUUUCUAGUGGAAACGCGCGCUACACCAAUAUUUCAGAAUUCUAUGAGGUGCAUCGCACGGAACCCAUGUCCAUCGAUGGACCAGGUCAUGCGGUAUUCAAUCUGUGGGCGUCCCUCAAGCAACCCGAGAGGGUGCCAAGUGUUGCCUACGGGGCGUUAGUGACAUCCGCUGCACCACUGUCGUUGUCAUCGCCACCCUCGUCGUCGUCAUCGUGUUCAGAUUCUGCCCGCAUUAGUGAGGAUGCUGCGUUUGUCACGGGCCGUCUCAGUGUGACAGUGCAGCACACCGAUAAUGUUUUGGCCGUUGUCAUGAAUAGCAUUCAUGCGACCAACAUGGUAAUACAGAAUCAGACACGGGGUGAGACCAUUGCUGUGCGGCAGAAGGGAAGUCCACGUCGCAGUAUCAUUCCACCAUGCCAGAACCGCUUCUUUCUAUGGGAGGAUUACUGUACCAGCCCUGUCAUUUCUCUUCACGUUGUUGGCUGCAAAGGGGCGUGGUUCGAGGUGAAUUUCUCGUGUGGGACGUGCCAGGUGCAGCGGUGCUUCACCUCCGACGUCACGGAGGGGGCGCUUGCCCGGUUCUAUGUGCGGGCCUUCACAAGCAGACGAGAUGCGCAGCAUGUGAAGAUCCUCUUAACCGAUGAGGCUGUGCCACUGCACGCCUCCUUUGACGACGCGUGGCACACGAGUGUGGGCCGCACACUCUCCGUCCCCUCAGUGGAGUUGGUGUGGCUCACGGAGGAUCGGCCCGGGAAUGGGCAGCGGCUUGUGUCAGUCUUGCUUCGGGACAUGCAGGUGCAAACACUCAAUGCCGACAACACCCGCACUGUUUCUGUGUUGCUUCGGCGGAUGCAGGUGGUGGAUGGAGGCGAGGGGACUGCUCUUGUUCUGCACCGCGCCUGCCUCGCGAACCCUAACGCGGAGGAGGACCACGCUGGACGAAUCCUGAGCUGGUUUUGGCGCGGCGAGGAGGUGCCACAGCACGACUUCCAGGCGGUGUACACCGACAUGAUGUCCGCCAGCGGCGUCACACGCAUUACGGAAUUGUCAUGCACGCUCUCUCCGUUCGCUGUGAACGUAUCGGAUCACCUUGUGGCGGCGCUGUGGCGGGAGCUCCGUGGACUGCAGUCGCUGCUCGUCGCGGAUGGCGGCACCAUGGCAUCGGCAAGGGAAUCGCUCUCGUCGUCGGUGUCGCGACACGCCUUCGCCAAGGGGUUGGUGGAACGCAUCCGCAAGGAGUCGGAUGCUGCUGCGAUAUUCAUUCCCACGCACGGACAGGGAGGAGCAGGCGUGGGCCCGGCGUUUCUGUUCGUGGAUCAGGCACACUUCGCGCGUGUCAUCCUCUUCGUCACCUUCACACGCCACAAACCAGACCCACUGUGGCAGAUGCUGGGGAUGUACACGCUGAUGAUCCCCAAGCGGUUUCGAGGAAUGGAGUUUUCAUGGCCCGCGUUUGUCCUUGAGAAUAAGGCGACGACACAGGGACUACUCCUCUCGCAGGUCCAGCGUUGGCUUGUGGAUGGUGCUAUGCGCCAGUGGACGAAGGUGACGCGGAUUGGGAAGGUGGUUGAUAAGCUCAAGAGCGGCGCACGCGCGCGUAUGGAGCUCGCAGGGGCACCGGAGCCAAUGCUGCCACGAAUACACGAGGAUGAUGAGGGGGAAGAAGAGGAGGAGGAGGAGGAGGAGGGCGUUGACGAGGAUUAG